CCACCUGCACAGUCUAGAGCGAGGUAUAGCAAGGCAGCAAGCUGCAGAGCAUAGCAUUCGCCGGCGAAUAUAAUCUAGCUAGCUAGCUAGACCGAUCGAUACCUCUCAUGGCGUCCAGCUCGAGCGCGUUGAGGAUGCCGGUGGUGACGUGCGCCGUGGUGCUCCUGCUGCUGCUGUCCGCCGUCUCACGCUGCGAGGCCGACCUCCUGCAGGUGGCGGUGGCCGGCCGGAGAAUGCUGGCCGGCGGGAGCAAUGCCCCCGCCGUCUUCUCGGGGCAGCUGGCAGGGACGGCUGUGUCGAGCAGCGCGCGGCGGUCAGCAGCUGGGAGGGCGGCGGCGGCGAUGCCCUACUCUGAGUCGAAGAGGUCCAGCCCCGGCGGCCCGGACCCUCAGCACCAUUAAUUAAGCUCGCGCUGACGUGCAAGCUCUUGUCAAGGAGCGUGCGUCCGUUAAGGAGGGUGUACGCAUGCGCAUGGGUGGUAGGUUACUCAAACAUGAGUUUUGUACUUCGUGUCUCUCUCAAGCACGCAAGGAAAAUAAAAUGGUGUACUUGAUCUUUCCCGUUUCCCGACUCACUGGUCGAUGGAGAUACAACGGGAGUGGAUUAUGAUUAUCUAUAUAUACAAUGCAUUCGUCUUUUUUUU